CCGGCGCGGCUCCGGGAAGUUGGCACAUGCGAAGGGGUCGGUGUCCUCCAGGUACUGCACCCGCACGGUCACCACUGAUACCGGCUCCCCGUACCCCCGGUUUUCCCCGCCCGCCAUGGUUCUACUGCUGGCUCACGCCGCGCGCCUCGCGCCACGGGCGAAUCCUGGCCCAGCCACUGUUCCUACUCAACUAGCUCUGUAGUCUGGGCCGGACCGGACGCCGCUAAAGAUGGGCGGAGCCAGACGAAGGCGGGGCCGAGGCAGGGGUGGAGCCCAGAGUAGUCCCCUAAGACGCGUGGGGGCGCCGGAGGCGGGGCUAGCUACCAGCCACUCAGAGGGUGAGAUAGAGAUCCCGUUAGUUCCCUGGCUGGGCGGGCGGGAAAACCCAGCUCGCGCCCGGCCUUCCAGAGCGCGCAGGGGGGCGAGGAGGCUUUCUUUGGGCUUGGGGACCAGGAGGCUGCGCUCUCUUUGAGGAAUUGUUGGGGCAGGUAGGACGGAAAUUUCGUCAGAUGGUGACCGGCCAGAUCUCCCUCAGUUUGGGGACGAGACAGUCCUAAUUCCUUUUUGAGGGAUGAAGUGGAUAGGAUUCCCUCAUCUGGGGAAAGAAGGGAGAUGGGUCCCUUUGAGGCAAGAAGUGAAAAUAGAUUCCACUCAGUUUGAAGGAAAAGGUGGGAUCAUUUCCCUUUAGUUGAAGAGGAGGGAAGGGUGCCCCUCAGUUCUGGGGAAAGGUUGAGAUAACUCAGUUUGAGAGGAGUAGAGCAUGUUUCCCUCAGUUUUGAGGAAGAAGUGGGAUGGGUUGCCUCUCAGCUUGAGUGUAAAGUGGAGAUGUUCUACCACAGUUUGGGGCGAGAUAAGCCGAAUGUCCCUCAGAUUUGUGAAAAGAAGGUUAGGGGAAUCCCUCCUAGUUUGAAGGGAAUUGAUAGGCUGGGUUUUCUAUAGUUUAGGGAAAGAAGAGAACGUUCUUUUUAGUUUCAUGGAAAAGGUGAGAAGAGUUCUCUGUACUUAGAGGGAAAGGGAGGCCCAGUGCCCCUUGGUUUGGGGAGUGAAGAGGAGCAGCCUCCUUCUCAGCCUGGGAUGAGCUGGGCCCAGUCUGUGCCUUGGUGUUUCUGGGGACUUUGAGGACAGAGUUGUCCAUCACGGCUUUCUGGGAGCGCCCAGUGCGCGUGCGCAGCUCUGGUCUAGGCUGGGGCCCUAAGGGGGUCCUAAGCUCGCGAGGACGCCAGCGCACUGCCCCCUGUGGUCUGCACGGGUUGGCGCCGGGGCCUGUGGCGUGGGUAGCACGGGCCGGCUGCUCACUGCGAGGCGGCAUUUGCGGUGGACGAAACGCGCCCCUCCUUCCUGGGCCCCGCCUCCGGCAGACCCCUACCCUUCCGAGGGCCUGCUGCCACCUCCGGCUGGUUGGACGCGGCGGUGCCCCUGGAGGGCUGUGGCCGCUCACAGCUCUGAAACAGGGUCGGGGGAGAUUUGGGGAAUGUAUUGGGGAGCGGACUCCAAAGAAUAGGUUACGGGACUUGGGGGAGGGCUGCAUUCGGGAAUUUCCAGAGCUGAGACUGUUUUAGUAGGGAGGAGCGGGGGUCCAGAGCACCGACGACUCGGGCAGGGUCUCGGAGUCCGGACCUGGCUUGGGGGUAUCGGAGCCGCGAUUGGGGGGAGCGGGCCCCACGUGCCUGUGACGCGGGGGCGGCUGGUAGGCGCGGCGGCGACACGGGGUUGGCGGCGGUGAGGUGCGGGGAGGGCGGCUAGGCAGGAGACAGGAUGCUGCGCGCCGCACUACCGCUGCUUGGGCUGCCCCUGGCGGGGGCGGUAGCCACCAAAAAGCCCACCCAGGAACCGGAGUCGCCGGGCGAGUCUCCUCCAGGGUUGACGCUCUUCCGCUGGCAGUGGCACGAAGUGGAGGCACCCUACCUGGUAGCCCUGUGGAUCCUGGUGGCCAGCCUCGCCAAAAUCGUGUUUCACUUGUCUCGGAAGGUGACGUCUCUGGUCCCUGAGAGCUGCCUGCUGAUUUUGCUGGGACUCGUUCUGGGGGGCAUUGUCUUGGCUGUGGCCAAAAAAGCUGAGUACCAACUGGAGCCAGGCACAUUCUUCCUCUUCUUGCUGCCUCCUAUCGUGCUGGACUCAGGUUAUUUCAUGCCUAGUCGAUUGUUCUUUGACAACUUGGGUGCCAUCCUCACCUAUGCCGUGGUGGGCACACUCUGGAAUGCCUUCACAACUGGCGCUGCCCUCUGGGGCCUGCAGCAGGCUGGACUUGUGGCCCCUAGAGUGCAGGCUGCCUUGCUGGACUUCCUGCUGUUUGGGAGCCUCAUCUCAGCAGUGGACCCCGUGGCUGUGCUGGCCGUCUUUGAGGAGGUGCACGUCAACGAGACUCUCUUCAUCAUUGUCUUUGGCGAGUCCCUGCUCAAUGAUGCGGUCACUGUGGUGCUGUACAAGGUCUGCAAUUCCUUUGUGGAGAUGGGCUCUGCCAAGGUGCGGGCCACUGACUACCUGAAAGGAGUCGCCUCCCUGUUUGUGGUCAGUCUGGGCGGGGCAGCCGUGGGCUUAGUCUUUGCCUUCCUCCUGGCCCUGACCACACGCUUCACCAAGCGGGUCCGCAUCAUCGAGCCGCUGCUGGUCUUCCUCCUCGCCUACGCAGCCUACCUCACUGCUGAAAUGGCCUCGCUCUCCGCCAUUCUUGCGGUAACUAUGUGUGGUCUAGGCUGUAAGAAGUAUGUGGAGGCCAACAUCUCCCAUAAGUCACGCACAGCUGUCAAAUACACAAUGAAGACUCUAGCCAGCUGUGCUGAGACCAUCAUCUUCAUGCUGCUUGGGAUCUCAGCUGUGGACUCUUCUAAAUGGGCCUGGGACUCUGGGCUGGUGCUGGGCACCCUCUUCUUCAUCCUGUUCUUCCGAGCCCUCGGCGUAGUCUUGCAGACGUGGGUGCUGAAUCAGUUCCGGCUGGUCCCUCUGGACAAGAUUGACCAGGUGGUGAUGUCCUAUGGGGGCCUCCGGGGGGCUGUGGCCUUCGCUCUCGUCAUCCUCCUGGACAGGACCAAGGUCCCUGCCAAGGACUACUUUGUGGCCACCACUAUUGUGGUGGUCUUCUUCACAGUCAUUGUGCAGGGCUUGACCAUCAAGCCACUGGUUAAGUGGCUGAAGGUGAAGAGGAGUGAGCAUCAUAAACCCACCCUGAACCAGGAGCUGCAUGAGCACACUUUUGACCACAUUCUGGCUGCAGUGGAGGACGUUGUGGGGCACCAUGGCUAUCACUACUGGAGGGACAGGUGGGAACAAUUUGAUAAGAAGUACCUGAGUCAGCUGCUGAUGCGGCGGUCAGCCUACCGCAUCCGGGACCAGAUCUGGGAUGUGUACUAUAGACUCAACAUCCGGGAUGCCAUCAGCUUCGUGGACCAGGGAGGCCAUGUCUUGUCCUCCACAGGGCUCACUCUGCCCUCUAUGCCCAACCGCAAUUCUGUGGCAGAGACUUCUGUCACCAACCUGCUGAGGGAGAGUGGCAGUGGAGCGUGUCUGGACCUGCAGGUGAUUGACACAGUACGCAGUGGCCGGGACCGUGAGGAUGCCGUGAUGCACCAUCUGCUCUGUGGAGGCCUCUACAAGCCGCGCCGCAGGUAUAAAGCCAGCUGCAGCCACCACUUCAUCUCCGAGGAUGCGCAGGAGCGGCAGGACAAGGAGGUCUUCCAGCAGAACAUGAAGCGGCGGCUGGAGUCCUUCAAGUCCACCAAGCACAACAUCUGCUUCACCAAGAGCAAGCCACAUCCCCGCAAGACUGGCCGCAAGAAGAAGGAGGCUGAGGCAACAAAUGGGAAGCCUCCUCGAAGCCUGGGCUUUCAGGACACAGCUGCUGUAAUCCUAACCGUGGAGUCUGAGGAGGAGGAAGACAGCGACAGUUCGGAGACAGAGAAGGAGGACGAUGAGGGGAUCAUCUUUGUGGCUCGGGCCACCAGUGAGGUUCUCCAGGAGGGCAAGGUCUCAGGGAGCCUCGAGGUGUGCCCGAGCCCACGUAUCAUCCCCCCCUCCCCAACCUGUGCAGAGAAGGAGCUACCCUGGAAGAGUGGACAGGGGGACCUGGCAGUCUACGUGUCCUCAGAAACCACCAAGAUUGUGCCCGUGGACAUGCAGACGGGCUGGAACCAGAGCAUCUCAUCCCUAGAGAGCCUGGCAUCCCCACCCUGUAUGCAGGCGCCGACUAUGACCCGCCUGCCUCCUCACCCACUGGCUGCUGAAGAGCCCCAGGCCCCUCUUGACUUGCCUUCUGACCCACGCCCUAGCUUCCCUUUUCCCCCAAGCCUGGCCAAGGCUGGCCGCUCACGCAGUGAGAGCAGUGCUGACAUCCCCCGGCAGCCAGAGCUGCAGCCUCUCAUGGAACAUGAGGACCACACCCAUCUUAGUCCAGGCACAGCCAGUUCCUACUGGUGCAUCCAAUUCAAUAGAGGUGGCCGGCUGUAGCUUAGGAACUCAAGGAGCAGGAGGCCAAAGCCCCCAUGGGGAGUGUUCCCUGGGAAGUGGGCAGAGGGACUCCCUCAACCUGACAUGGGGCCAGAGGGGCCCAGACUGAAGAAGCAACUGGGCUUCCUUGGGAUGGGUCAGAAGGGUAUCCUGGGCUGGUCCUCUCAAGGACCCCUUUCACCACCCUCCCUGCUCCUAACUCCUAACAUCUUCCCUUCUAGUAAGGCCCUUACUUUGUCUCAAGAUGCGGGUCCAAGGCUUCUAGGGGCUAGGCCCAGAGAGUGGAAGCUGAGUCUCUUUCUCCAACGGGUCCUCCUGGGUCACUCUAGGCAGCUGUUCAUGCCCCCAAAGCAAGGGCAUCAGUCCUCAGCUGACACUGGCCUUUCUGGCCCUCCACCCCUACCUCUACCACCAGUUCAAUAACAGUGUCCUGGCAAAAGGGCUCUUCAAGGGGCUGGUCCUCAGAGGGACUGGGGUGGGAAGUGGAACAGGCUUCAACUUUGGGCUUUGCUACCCUGUUGGCAAAAUAUCUAUUGCCAAUAUUUUUUAGGGAAGUAGUAAUCUGUGUCCGCUAUUGCUUUAUCUCCUUUCCUUUGCUGCCAGUUACCGGGGGCCAUAGUUCCUCCUUUCCCAGGAUCAAGGCCACAGGGCUGGACCAGGCUUCAGAUCAGGACUGUUUCCUAGCUUGGAUCAUUCGGGGGAUCUGAUACUCUACAUCCAAGUCUGGAUCUUUCAGAUCCUUGGGUCUGGGUUUUCAGAGGAGGUGAUAUGGUGGCUUUUGGGCUCCCACAUUACCAUCUUGACAUUUCCCAAACAGGAAAGGAGCCAGGCAUCCCUGGGCCACUGCUCCCCUGCUCUGGGGACUGGGAUGCCUGGCUGCAGUGCUAAAGAGGCUGACUGGUGGCAGAUGACUUUCUUGGGGUUAGCACCUGCCCUGUGAUUUGUAUCUUGAACCUAAGAUACAUUAAACUUCUCUCGGAUG